AGGCACCAUGGUUCCUUCAUCCAAACAAGUCAUCUCAAGCUACCUCCCUUGACAAGUUCACCGAGAAACAUUUGACGAGUCAUGGCCGAGGAGAAGCACCACCAUCACCUGUUCCACCACCGCAAGGAGGAGGAGAGCUCCGGCGAGGUCGACUACGAAAAGAAGGAGAAGCACCACAAGCACUUGGAGCAGCUCGGCGAGCUCGGCACCAUUGCCGCCGGCGCAUAUGCUCUGCAUGAGAAGCACAAGGCCAAGAAGGACCCGGAGAACGAGCACGGCCACCGGAUCAAGGAGGAGGUGGCCGCCGUCGCCGCCGUGGGCUCCGCUGGGUUCGCCUUCCACGAGCACCACGAGAAGAAGGACGCCAAGAAGCAUGGCCACAACUGAUCGACUGCGUGAGUUGAACCAGCACAUCAUCGCGGCUGCUUGAUUUGUUCUCAACUCGUAUGUGCAACAGGUCUUUGAUUUGGGCUACCGAUAUUUGUACGUCGUAGGAACUCUGGAUCCUCGGCGAUCUUGUAUCAGUUACAAAUCAAGCCUUGAAUAAGGGUGCAUAUAUCUUUUUUUCUUAAUUUCCCUUUCUCUUUGUAUCGAGAGUUGUUUUGAUCUAUACUCGAAUAAUGUGAAUUUACAUGUGUUUAUAAACUGAUUUCA